AGCCGGGCAGGAGUGUGGGCGGAAGGGGCAGGGACGCUGCUGCUGAGCGAGAGACAACCAGGGUCUGCGACGUGGAAGCGCCGCUGUCAUGGCUGCCUCUAAAGCCUCUGUGGCCGGUGGCGUUUCCUCGGCGAGCAGUGGCACGAAUUUGCUUUUCUCUUCUUCGGCCACGGAGUUCAAUUUCCCCGUCCCCUUCAUCCCAGUGAGCCAGGCUCCUGCUCCGCCUCCUCCUAGCGCCUCGGGGCCUGGUCUCCUGCCCGCAGAGGAUGCCACUGAUGUUGGUGAAGAAGACAGUUUUCUGGGCCAGACUACCUCCAAUCCGAAUCCCCCACCAACUUUCAGUUAUUUCUCCCAAGCUUCAAGCAGCAGUGAUCCCUUUGGAAGCAUUGGACAGCCAACUGUAGGAGCAGCAUCCCCACCCCAGAUUGGAACAUCUGUUUUCUCCAAGCCACCUGUUUCUCUCCCUCUUCUCCCUGGAUCACAGGAUGGGCCAAAUGCUUUCUCAGCACCUCUUUCCAAAAUGCAGUCCUUUAAUACACCGCCUGCUUCGCUUCAAGGAAUGGGUUCUUAUCAGACACCCCAACAGACUGGUCCUCCACCAACUGGCUUUUCAACUCCUCCUCAUGGCAUCUCACAGCAAGGUUACAACCCAUAUCGCCACACUACUUUAAGUAGUAAAGCCAAUCCUUACAUAACGCCACCACAGUUGCAGCAGACACACCCACCCACCCAGAACGUACAGCCUCCACCCUCUGUGCCACCUAUGCACAUGUAUCCAACACCUCCUGGGUUACAGCCACAGACAGCAUUGCCACCUCAAGCCUCCAUGUCGGGUGCACUGAUGAAGGCGCCACCCAUCUUAUUGCAUAAUCAGUAUGAGCCGGUCCAGCCUCAUUGGUUUUACUGCAAGGAGGUAGAAAACAAGGAGCUGUGGAUGCCAUUCAGUGUCCUUGAUUCUACAACACUAGAGGAAGUUUAUAACUCUGUGCAACCUGACCCAGAGAAUGUGAUUUUGAGUACUGAUGGAGGACGUUAUGAUGUUUGCUUGUAUGACCGAGUAAGGAAAGCUGUGUAUUGGGAAGAAGAGCAGUCUGAAGUGAGACGAUGUACUUGGUUUUAUAAGGGAGAUAAAGACAGCAGGUUUAUUCCUUAUGCAGAGGAUUUCAGUGAAAAGCUAGAGGCAGAGUAUAAGAAAGCUGUCACCACAAAUCAGUGGCAUCGACGACUGGAAUUUCCAGGUGGAGAAACGAUUGUUAUGCAUAAUCCUAAGGUUAUUGUUCAGUUCCAGCCUUCUGCAAUACCGGAUGAAUGGGGUACCACACAAGAUGGUCAAACAAGGCCAAAAGUGGUGAAACGUGGGAUUGACGAUGAUCAUGACGAAGUUCCAGGUGGUGAGGUGUCUCAAAUUGACCACUUGGUAUUUAUGGUCCACGGCAUUGGCCCUGUUUGUGACUUACGAUUCAGAAGCAUUGUUGAAUGUGUUGAUGAUUUUCGGACAGUGUCCUUGAAACUCUUGCAGACGCAUUUUCGAAAGUCGGUAGAAGAGCUGAAAGUGAGCAGGGUCGAGUUCUUGCCGGUUCAUUGGCAUAGUGCUUUGCAUGGGGACGCAACAGGGGUGGAUAGGAAUAUUAAAAAAAUAACUUUGCCAAGCAUUGGACGCCUACGUCACUUCACCAAUGAGACGCUACUGGAUAUACUUUUUUACAAUAGCCCCACCUACUGUCAAAUGAUUGUUGAUAAAAUAGGAUUGGAGAUGAACCGUCUGUAUGCACUUUUCAUGAGCCGAAAUCCUGACUUUAAAGGAGGAGUGUCUGUCACUGGUCAUAGCUUAGGUUCCUUAGUGUUGUUUGACAUAUUGUCUAACCAAAAAGAUUGGACUGCCUCUGCUAGUUCUGUGACUCCUGUUGCUGCCAAUGGUGUGUUGAAGGAUGCAACUGAAUACGACCAGCAGGUGACAGUGGAUUCUGCUGGGUCCUUGUAUUCUCUUUCCAAUGAUGAAUGUGCUGAUCAUGAUGUGGAGGAUGAUAUUCCAACCUUACAAGCAACUCUGGAAACUCUUAGCUUGUCUGAAUAUAUCAGCACGUUUGAAAAGGAGAAGAUUGACAUGGAAUCUCUGCUGAUGUGUACAAUUGAUGACCUGAAAGAAAUGGGAAUACCUCUUGGGCCACGAAAGAAGAUUGCAAACUUUGUGAAAGACAGAGCAGCCAAACAGGAACAGAGAAGAGUAAUGUUGGAGAAAAAGGCUGCAAUGGAUGCCUCCAUACAGAAUCGGGAAGAAGCUGCUCGGACAGCAAAGAAGGUGGCUAGUUUUGCUGUAUCUUCAGAAACUGGCAAGCUUCAGGAUCCAUCCAAGCGAAGACUUCCAGUUGGAGCUUCUGUUUCAUCUGCACAAAUAGACUAUGAAUAUUUUGAAGUGGGUACUGGGCAGGUUUCUGUGGUAUACUGCACACUUGACUUUGAGCCGGAGAUUUUCUUUGCUCUGGGUUCUCCAAUUGGUGUAUUUCUUACUGUAAGAGGAGUGGAAAAAAUUGAUGAGAACUACAGACUUCCUACCUGCAAAGGAUUUUUCAACAUUUAUCACCCGCUUGAUCCAGUGGCAUAUAGGUUAGAACCUAUGAUUAUUCCUGACUUUGACAUAAAACCAGUUCUCAUUCCACAUCACAAAGGCAGAAAAAGACUUCAUCUUGAAUUGAAAGAUUCUCUCUCUCGUAUGGGAUCAGACCUGAAACAGGGUUUUAUCAGCUCUCUGAAAAAUGCUUGGCAAACGUUGAAUGAAUUUGCACGUGCUCAUACCUCUUCCACUCAGCUCCAAGCAGAAUUGGAAAAGGUAGCUAAUCAGAUUAAAGAAGAAGAGGAAAAAGAAAAAGAUGAGGCAGAAGCAGAAAAGAUAGCUGAAAGCCCAGAUAUUUCAAAAGAUGAAGACUUGGCUAUAAAAGUUGGCUUGCUAAAUGGAGGUCGCCGUAUUGAUUAUGUUCUGCAAGAAAAGCCAAUAGAGAGUUUUAAUGAAUACCUGUUCGCUCUACAGAGUCACUUAUGCUAUUGGGAAUCGGAAGACACUGCUUUGCUUCUUCUGAAAGAAAUAUAUAGAACUAUGAAUGUCUAUCCAGAACAGCCGCAACAUUGAUGUAUAGAUCAUAGUGUCGUUCAGGAUUUCAUUUCUAACCUUCCUUCAGGCCUGCCAACAACCUUUUUGAGGAGGCAGCACCAAUUCCCUGGUCACAGAUGACAGAAAUGGUUUUGGUCUACAGAUUCUAUACUGCCUUUUUUGUUUGAUUUUUUAAAAUUAAACCCAGAUUGACCUGGGUGGGAGGGGGUGGAGAGAAAAUCAAGUUUGUUCUUUAGGGCGUGCAUACCUUUUUACCAGUCUUCAAUCAUUUAUGGAAUAUUUGCCAACUGUAAGCGACCCUUCAAGAAAUACAUGGCAUACAAAUUAAUCUUUCUAAUCUGUUUUGGUCAGUUGAUUUAUCAGACUUGUGUUUUCUAUCAGGGCUGUAUAUUUUUGUUCUGUGUUUUUUUUUAAAAAUACAUAUUGUUGGUUAAUGGCAAUAACAACCUUUAUUUAAUUUAAAAAGUCCAUUUUGCUCCAUUCUCUAAAAAUGUGAAUUUUAGCUUCAAAACUACUUUAGUACAAAUUUUACAUCAAACCAUUUGUAUUUGCUGAAAUAAGCAAUUGGAGUCAGUUUCUUACAAGAAGUAAGCCUGAUAAUAAGAUUUUAUAAAGGCUUCCUAAGUCUGUGUGUGAGAGAGAACUUUCUUGAUACUACAUGAGUUUCUAUUCUCAGGAUAUAGAGAGUUGCUUUCACUGGUUCAACACUCCUGCAUCUUACUCAGUAUGUGUCUGCCCCAGGAAUAGAGAAGGAUCUGCAAAAGUAAAUAAUCUUCGUUUGGCAGUGGUGUUCAAGUGGCUGAGAUGCACGAGUCUACAUACAAGGACUGGAGUUGCAGAAGUCAAAUGUAUUUGUGGCCCUGCAACUGAAUAGGAGAAUGGUGAGGAUCAGGUUCCGAAGGAGCCUUGACCUUGCCAAGAACACUUCACAUGUUGUCCUAAUGAAAUAUGUAAUAGUUAAACAAAGAUACUGCUGCUUCUAACCUCCUCCCCCGCCCCACUGUAUAUUCAGUUUUUCAACUAAUGAUAAUGUGACAGUUUAUAUUUUGCUGCUGUUAUACAUAGCAAAUUCUUAUGGAGCCAGUAGCCUUUUUUUCCUUAAAGUAUAUGAUUCUUUUGGUUAUGUACCCACAUUAUUUUUAAUAUAGGCAGUUGUUGAAGUGUUGGUCUCUGAGAUGGAGGUAUUAAAUUGGUGAAGUGAUGCUGUAACUCUAGUUGGAUCAGCUUCUACUAACUUGUGCCGGUCUGCAGCUUAAAGCUUGCAUAUUCUUAGAUCGAGAUAUUGGUUCAUUGCAGUACACUGGCUCACAUACUGAGCAACGCUAGCAGAAAGCAGAAUCUGUGCAACCAGUACCACUUCACAAAAAGCCCUUGCCAAGUGUUGAAGGAUCCUCGGCAAUGCCAUGAGCUGCUGCAUGAGCAGCUGCCGGGGAGGGUUAAGAGCCUGGAAGCCUGACAGAGCAACGCCAGUGGUGGAGGUUUUUCCACCUGCCUUUCCUCCCCUUGCAGCCACCUGUGCUGCAGCCUUUAGUGUUGACAAGAGUUGCUUUUGGCUGGGGACUUCCAAGGGAGGAGGUCAUAGUUACAAAGACAGUUCUGUGGAACAUCACUCUGAUAUGUGAGCCAUUUAUCUUUAGCUAUUUUAUCUCUCUUCAUAGAUACUAUAUUGUGGCUGAUAUUAAAAGAUGCUGUGAUACCUUUGGGCUUUUCCAGAAAGUUUUUAUGCUUCUUUCAGCAGUGAUUCUCGCUUUAUCUCAAAAAGCAACAGUAUGUUCUCAGCAUUGUGUUUUUCUCAUUCUGAAUAUUUGGUGCUCCGCUCAUCAUGAUGAAAUUUCCCUUCAGUCAUUUGUUAAACCAGAACAAAUUCUGUCAGAGGAAUGGAGGAUGAAGCAGCUUCUUGUCAGAUGGCAUAACAAGUGGGAAAGCCCUUCAAUAAAUCCUAGAUUAAAGUUGUCUCCGAACAGGUUUCAGAACUAUACAUUUGGUAUUCAGAUUGCAUUCUCAGUCAUUCUGAAUAAAAUACCAAAGAAUAAAAUAUGUGGAAAUGUUUUUCAAAAAUCGAGAACAGUAUUGAGUGCGUGCUGAAGUAAAAGCAGACCAAAUAAAAUGUGUUUAACAAGGAAA